CGCGGCGCCGGCUGGGCCGGAGGGGGCGGCGCGGCGGAGCCUCCAGUGGCCUCGGACGCUCCUUCUCGCCCGCGGCCGCCGCCGCCCGCCUCCUGCUCCUUCGUCCUGGCCGGGCCCGGACGCCACUUCCGGCCGCUCACCUGGGACGUGCUCACCUGCCUCCGGGCGCCUGGGCACCAGGAUGAAGGACCGGCUGGAGCAGCUGAAGGCCAAGCAGCUGACACAGGAUGACGAUGCCGAUGAGGUCGAGAUUGCUGUUGACAACACAGCUUUCAUGGACGAGUUCUUUUCUGAGAUAGAGGAAACUCGAUUCAACAUUGACAAGAUCUCAGAGCACGUGGAGGAAGCUAAGAAGCUCUACAGUAUCAUCCUGUCUGCGCCCAUUCCAGAGCCAAAAACCAAGGAUGACCUGGAGCAGCUCAUGACUGAGAUCAAGAAAAGGGCCAACAAUGUCCGGAACAAACUGAAGAGCAUGGAGAGGCAUAUUGAAGAAGACGAGGUCCGGUCGUCAGCAGACCUUCGGAUUCGGAAAUCCCAGCACUCCGUCCUCUCCCGGAAGUUUGUGGAGGUGAUGACCAAAUACAACGAGGCUCAGGUGGACUUCCGUGAACGCAGCAAAGGGCGAAUCCAGCGGCAGCUCGAGAUCACCGGCAGAAAGACAACAGAUGAGGAGCUGGAGGAGAUGCUGGAGAGUGGGAACCCUGCCAUCUUCACCUCGGGGAUCAUCGACUCUCAGAUUUCCAAGCAAGCCCUCAGUGAGAUCGAGGGACGGCACAAGGACAUCGUGAGGCUGGAGAGCAGCAUCAAGGAGCUUCACGACAUGUUCAUGGACAUCGCCGUGCUGGUGGAGAACCAGGGUGAGAUGUUAGAUAACAUAGAGUUGAAUGUCAUGCACACGGUGGACCACGUGGAGAAGGCUCGGGAGGAGACAAAAAGAGCCGUGAAGUACCAGGGUCAGGCCCGGAAGAAAUUGAUAAUUAUCAUUGUGGUAGUGGUUGUGUUGCUGGGCAUUUUAGCGUUGGUUAUUGGACUUUCCGUUGGGCUGAAGUAAGGGCGGCCCGGAAGGCUGCUGCCCUGAAAUGUGUGUGGCUUGUGGCUGAGUCUUACUGUUGCUCUUCACCGUCACCCUGGCCGCUGACCGGCUCCUCCUCCCCCUGCCUCUUGUAGAGCCCACUUCACCCCAGCCUGGUGUGGCCGCCCUUGUCUUCAGAUGGGAACGGAGUGUGAAUGGCCUUCCUGAGAGAGAGUGGGACCUGUUCCUUUGUUUUCUUGUAACCAACCUUGGACCUGACCCAGCAAACAGUCUAGCCCAGGAGGAAUCUAAACUGCUGAUGCAGCCCUCAGAACCUUCUCCUGCCCCACCGGCUCUGAAGCACCUUCUCCUGGACUGUAGGAACUGCCCCGGCUUCUCCUUCUCCCCUCUGAUGUGUCAAAUUAUGCCCCGCACCUUGGAGAGCCUACCUGAGACCUCCCCAAGGUGCUGUAUUUUCUACCUCAUGGAGUGUUCUUCUCCCCAGAAUCGCAGUGUAUUUUUUUUUUGCCGGGGGUGGAUAUCUUUAACAAAGCAAGGGGAUUCUUCCAAGUUCGGCAACAGUAAGGCUUGGACCUGAGUCUUCUCCCUGGCAGGACCCCAGUGCUCACGGCUGGUUGUCCCUGUCCUGAAAGCAGGAGGGACUGGCAGAGGUCGUUCUGGUCUUGGAAGCUGACUUCUUGUUUGAAAUUCAGCCUCAAAUUAAGCUCUCAGUGUGUUCAGCUCAAUGGCCAACUCGAUCUCUGUCUAUGUUGUACUCCCUCAUGUUGACUCAAGGAGGCGCUGCCAUGAGACAGUUGUCUGAGGUUACCGUCUGUAAAGGCUGGGCGUAUGGAGUAACUGUUUCCGUGUCUCAGUCUUGGGAACUGGCUGUUUACUGUUAGAGUGAUGCUUUGUGAAGCCAUUGCCUUGAGGCCCAGAAUAACCAGGCACUAAAAUUAGGCCAGGGAUGAGGUGCUUGAGUCUCAGGCUCUGGGAAUGUUUCAAGCCGGGGCGAGUAUGAGUAUUCAGCCAUUUCAUGUCUUCCAAGUGUAUUUUUAUAAUCGUGUGUGUGAGAUGUAUGUACAUACAGGUAUGUGUCUCUCAGGAAGUAGGAAACUGGAAAUGAGGAUAUUAUAACCUCAAAAAAAUAACUUGAGCUAGGCUAAAAAUUAGGUAAGAGACAUUUGCUUACCUGCAAAUGAAUCAUAGUAGAAAUGUGACCUUCCCACAUCAUCGGGAAACCUGCUGUUUUCUGCACAAGUGCUCAGAGAAUCACAGAUGGUUGGGGUGAGGACUAACUUGACCCCCAUUAGGUUUUUAGCAGACAGAAGGUGUGACAAGCUCAACACCUCUCCCCGCUUGCUGCCUGGGCUAGGCUUGUCCUGAGAACAUCCCCCAGCAGUCUGCUAUCAUUCAUGGGACCUUCGGGAUGUCCCGUCUCCAGGACGGAGUCAGCUCGGGGAGGCCAGGGUCUACUCAGCAGAUCCUCCUGCUCCCAGAUUCACGAGCUUGAUAGAUUCUUUGUCGCCCCCGCUUGUCAUGGAGCAAACAAAAGCCAGGAAGUUUCUAAGCGUAGUGACGGUGCUGAGCCAGUGUGAGCCCCUUAGAUCCCCUGCUGGUCUCUGCCGGCCUCCCGGAUUGAUAUUUCAGCUUUGACUUUAAUGCAUUCUAGGAUAGGGCGAGCACCCUGACCCAGGCCUGGUCCAUUGGCUUCCUUUGCAAAGGAAUGAUUACUCCUCAUCAUUGCCCAGCACUUGGACGGAGCCCAGGGGACGCCCUCUUGCCUGUGGCUAUGAUGUCCAACAGGCCUGGCUCCGCAACCAGGGCAGACAAGCUUCAAUCACAGACCGAUCUUUGCUCUCCUGAGAUUGAGGCCUGGGGCUUAUAGUUUGGAAUACAAGUGAAGGGAUUUUUGUUCUUUCUUUUUACUUUUUUUAAAAAUGUAAACUUGAUUAUUUUAUUGCUAAUUUAAAAAUAAAUGACUUUAUAUUGAUUGUGAAA